AAAGCCACCAUUUUAUUUUUGUUAUCCUGAAGCAAUCCAGUCACGGGCUUCGUGAAGUUGUGAUCAACUACGUUACUUUUCUCUUGGUUUUCUUCCCCUUCUUAAUCAGUAAGAAUGGCAAAGAGCUACUUCAAACAAGAACAUGAUCUUGAGAAGAGAAGAGCUGAGGCAGCUAGGAUUAGGGAGAAAUACCCGGACAGGAUCCCGGUAAUUGUGGAGAAGGCUGAAAGAAGUGACAUCCCAAGUAUUGACAAGAAGAAGUACCUUGUCCCUGCUGACUUGACUGUAGGACAGUUUGUCUACGUGAUCCGCAAAAGGAUUAAAUUAAGUGCAGAAAAGGCAAUCUUUAUAUUUGUGGAUAACGUCCUUCCUCCUACAGGAGCUAUUAUGUCUUCCAUAUAUGAUGAGAAAAUGGAUGAGGAUGGGUUCCUUUAUGUUACAUACAGCGGCGAGAACACCUUUGGGGAUCUGAUUUCAUUCAUUCAGUAGCCAUUAAAAGUUUACUCUGUAUGAUCCGUAUCAUCCGGUCUUAUUGUUCUGUCUGAUAAAUUCGUUACAGUACUCAUGUCAAGAACCUUACUCUCAAUGUUGUGUACAUUUGUAUAUAAAUUACGAGAACUUGAUUGAUGUUAAAAAGUUCCCUCAUUCAGUUUUCCCUGUGGCGUCCAUCUUCCAUAUCUUUGAAUGUUUAUUUUGAUUGCACGUUGAUACUAUGAUGUAGUAGUAUAAGAUUUGGAUUUAAAUAUCUCUUUUUAUUCAAGAGGACCUCUUCUUGCCACUUCUUUCUCCUUUGAUCAUCAAUGUUUGAUGGGAAAAGGCAAGGCGCCGGGAAUUGAGUCAGUAUAUGGCAGAAUGGGGGCUCAUUUGUAAUGUACAUCUUUGAGUAUGCACAAGAAAAACGAUGAUAAAUAAUAACAAUUACUGCUUACUAUUUU